AUGUCAGGAACAGGACAAACCAUUUACUACAAAGGUCAGACUUUCAGAUAUACCCAUGUUCUCAAUAACCAAGGAUAUGGGUACAACAAACGUACAGGGAACUUCCGGUGUCCACUGUCUGGAACGUACGUCUUCUUCUUCACCUCCAUGCCAGAGCGAGGUAUUAGUCAUUCAAUCUGGUUGACCCUCAAUGGGAAAUUCAUAGCAGAAGCUGUUUCUGGAAAAAUCCAGAAAGGAUACAACAUGGGAAGUAACAUGGCAGUCCUCCGCCUGAAAAAGGGAGAUAGAGUAUGGAUCCGUGCCUCCAAGAGAUGGACAAUUAAUUCGUCAGUGAGAUUCAGAUAUGCAGGGAACACUUUCUCUGGUUUUCGAUUGUCUUCAUAA